CUCCACAAAGUUAUGCAGCGUCACGCAAUCGCAACGCCGUCUUGCGUCGUCCCGACUUUAGCUAUGAAAACACCGAGUAAUUUAUUCGGCGUGAGCUGGAUUGGAAAUCUUCAUCUUCCAUGCUCACCAAACACUCCAAACCUUCUACGCUGAACAACAUGCCGGUGGAAUUCAUCAGCCUCGCUUUCCCCAAUGCCAGCACGGAGUUGCACCCAUUACCAAAUGAACCGGCCGUAGACGCCGAUUUCUUGAAACGGUAUGCACGCAAUUUGGACGACUAUGGCUUUGACUACACACUUCAGCCGUAUGAUUCGGGAGGCGCGGACCCGUGGACAAUGGGCGCCACCAUUGCGGCCGUUACCAACAAUCUCAAAGUCAUCAUUGCCCUGCGUCCAAACACUGUCAGUCCAACUGUUGCAGCCAAGUCUCUUGCCACGCUUGACCAACUCAGCCGUGGCCGCGCGGUUGUCCAUUUCAUCGCCGGUGGCAGCGACCAAGAACAAGCGCGCGAGGGUGACUUCCUCAGCAAAGACGAUCGUUACGGUCGACUGGAGGAGUACAUCAAGAUCCUGCGACGAGCCUGGCUAUCCUCCGAACCCUUUGACUUUGAUGGUCGUUUCUACACCAUCAAAGGGCAUAGCAAUCGCGUGCGGCCAUACGGAGGCCGAAAGUCCAUUCCAAUUUCCGUCGGCGGCUCCAGCCCCGAGGCUUACCGCAUCGGCGGGAGUCUGGCGGACAUUUUCGGUCUAUGGGGAGAGCCGUUGAAGGAAACCAAGGAGCAGAUCGAUAGAAUCUACGCCGAGGCUGCAAAGGCCGGGCGCACCGAUCGACCACGCAUCUGGGUCACAUUCAGACCCAUUGUUGCCGAGACCGAGGAAUUGGCAUGGGAGAAGGCGCACAAGACGCUUGACGCACUGUCGGCGAAGACGCAGCUGACGCCGAAGAUCUCGCCGGCAAGCGGAACGCCGCAGAAUGUGGGAUCACAGCGCCUGCUGGAGAUUGCCAAAAAAGGCGCCGUUCAGGAUCGUGCUCUUUGGUAUCCCACCGUCACCGCGACCAACGCCAGAGGAGCGUCGACCGCUUUGGUUGGAUCUCCGCAAACGGUGAUUGACUCCAUUCUGGAUUAUGUUGAUUUGGGAUGCGACCUCAUCUCGAUCAGAGGGUACGACAACCUCAACGAUGCCAUUGAUUAUGGCCGGUAUAUUCUGCCGGGAGUGCGGGCAGCAUUGAAGGAAAGAGAGCAGACUGUAGGCAACGCACCGCAGAGUGAGCCCGUCGUGCCGGAGAUGGUUGUUCCCAAGGGGAAUGAGGAGGUGGUGCAUAGCAGGGACUCUUCUUAGUUGUGGAUCCGUGAAAAAGCAUACAUUCGCUCACAUACCGCCCUGAACUUCUGUUCGGCCGAAGAUGCCUACAUGAGCUGAAACGUGCGAGCACGUGGUGUCGCCAAGCCUGUCAUUGGCCGCGAGCCUUGCGACUCUGCCAUGAUCAACACCUUAGCUGAAAAAGCCAUUUCUACAUAGCACUGCAACGUCAUGCCCUUGCAACAGACAGUAUUUGACGACAAGAUUCCCGUCGCGGCGCGAUGGAGCAUUUCUCUCCAUUCACAUCGUUCCUGGUUGAUCGUCAAUGGUGUCCAAGAUGUUCCGCUCAUCCAGCUCGCCCUCGAGCGUAC